CUGCGUGGGGCACCCCGGCCUCGUGAUGCGCGUUCCUCAAUGGCCUCCUUGUCCCCGCGCCGCCCGCGUGAUGCCCCGUUACCCUAACGGGGCCCGGCCGUGUCCGUGUGCCCCCCCCAGGCUCUGUCUCCCUGUCCCGUCCCCUCCCGCAAUGGCCCCCCACUGGCUUCUGGCCCUCGCCUCGCUGCUGGCCCUCGCCACCGCUGCCACCGCUGCCGCGGCACCGGGGUCUUCGUGGAGCGCCGUGCCCCGCAAGACCGUCCCGUACGCGGAGCUGCAGGACGUGGCCAAGCGCUUCUCGCAGGGGGGGGUCUCUCACUACCUGACGCUGACGCUGGACGCGGCUGAGGCGCUGCUCUACGUGGGGGCCCGGGAGGCCGUUUUCGCCGUGGCCACCGGCACCGUGGAGCUCAAGGCAGCGAUCUCCUGGGAAGCCCCCGUGGAUAAGAAAGCCGAGUGCAUCCAGAAGGGCAAGAACAACCAGACCGACUGCUUCAACUACGUGCGGUUCCUGCAGAGCUACAACAGUUCCCAUCUCUACGCCUGCGGCACCUACGCCUUCCAGCCCAAGUGCACCUACAUUGAACUCUCUGGCUUCACCCUGGACCAAGUGGCUUUUGAGGACGGCAAAGGGAAGUGCCCCUAUGACCCCACCAAGGGACACACCGGCCUCAUCGUGGACGGGGAGCUCUACUCAGCCACCUUCAACAACUUCCUGGGCACGGAGCCCGUCAUCCUCCGCAACCUGGGCCCCCACUACUCCAUGAAGACCGAGUAUCUCACCUCCUGGUUGAACGAGCCCCACUUUGUGGCCUCAGCCUACGUGCAGGAGAGCGCGGCCAGCGCCACCGGCGACGAUGACAAAGUUUACUUCUUCUUCAGCGAGCGCGCGGUGGAGUACGACUGCUACGCCGAGCAAGUGGUGGCCCGCGUGGCCCGGGUCUGCAAGGGGGACGUCGGCGGGGCCCGCACGCUGCAGAAGAAGUGGACAACGUUCCUGAAGGCCCGUUUGGUGUGUUCAGCCCCCGAGCAGCAGCUCCACUUCAACCGCCUCCAGGCUGUGUUCACCCUGCCCGGGGAUGAAUGGCAGGACACCACCUUUUUUGGGGUCUUCCAGGCCCGCUGGGGGGACGUGGAUGUUUCGGCCAUUUGCCGGUACCACAUCCUGGAGGUGAAGAAGGCAUUCGAGGGCCCCUACAAGGAAUACCGGGAGCAGGCGCAGAAGUGGGGCCGGUACUCAGAUGAGGUGCCAAGUCCCCGUCCCGGCGCGUGCAUCACGGACUGGCACCGCCAGAACGGCUUCGCCAGCUCCCUUGAGCUGCCCGACAACACCCUCAACUUCGCCAAGAAGCACCCGCUCAUGGACGAGCCCAUCCUGCCACACCGCGGCCGCCCGCUGCUGCUCAAGAAGGACUCCAACUUCACCCAGCUCGUGGUGGACCGAGUGGCCGGGCUGGACGGUGCCAUCUACGAGGUGCUCUUCAUCGGCACGGGUGAUGGCUGGGUGCACAAGGCGCUGAACCUGGGCACUCGCAUCCAUCUGGUUGAGGAGCUGCAGGUAUUCGAGCCGGCGCAGCCCGUGGAGAGCCUGGUGCUGGCUGGACGGAAGAAGCUGCUCUUCGCUGGCUCCCGGUUCCAGUUAGCCCAGUUGCCGCUGGCCGAUUGCAGCCGGUACCAGUCGUGCACCGACUGCGUCCUCGCCCGGGAUCCCUACUGCGCCUGGAGCCGCAACGCCAGCCUCUGCGUGCGCACUGACGGCCUCAACGGGUCCCAACUGGUCCAGGACGUGCUGAGCUCCGACACCCGUGCCUGCACCCUGCCUCAGGUGGCCAAGCAAGGCUCCAUCACCCCCAAAAACGUGACGGUGGUGGCGGGCACCGACCUGGUUCUCACGUGCCGCUUGGGCUCCAACCUGGCACAGGCGCUGUGGACCUUCGAGGGCCGGGCGCUGCCGGCCGAGCAGGCGCUGGUGCUGCACGACACCCGCCUGCGGGCGCUGGUGGUGCCGGGAGCAGGGGCUCAGCACAGCGGCACGUACCGGUGCUUCUCGGAGGAGCAGGGUGCCCGCCUGGGCGGGGAGGUGUACCGGGUGGUGGUGCUGGCCGGGGCCGGGGUACCCCUGGAGACGAGGGCGCCGCUGGAGAGCCUGGGGCUGGUGUGGGUGGUGGCCGUGUGCCUGGGCGCGCUGUGCCUGGUGCUGGUGCUCGUGGUGUUCUCGCUGUGGCGGCGGCUGCGGGAGGAGCUGGGGAAAGGCACCAAAGCCAUUGAGAGCACCCUGGUGUACCCCAUCGAGCUGCCCAAGGAGCCCCCCAGUCCCCGCUUCGUCCCCAGCGCCGCCUCCGACUCGGAUGAGAAGCUCUGGGACCCAGCCAGUUACUACUACUCGGACGGCUCGCUCAAAAUCGUGCCGGGUCACGCCACGUGCCGCAACGGCGGCCCCCCCGGUGCCACCUCGCCACCAAGCGGCAUCCCUGGGCAGCCCCUUCACUCACCCACCCGCAUCCACCUUGGUCCCCUGCGUGGUUCCUCCUCCAACGGCUACAUCCGCCUGGCGCUGGGUGCCGAGGAGCGGCCGCCCUGCGCCGACCUGGCCGAGGAGCUGCGGCGCAAACUGCAGCAGCGCCAGCCCCUGCCCGACUCCAACCCUGAGGAGUCGUCGGUCUGAGCAGCCGGUGGCCGCCGAGCAGCUGUACCUACCUCAGGGGCACCCACUGCGGGGACCCCGGCGCUGGCACCCACCGUAGGGACCAACGCCUGGGCACCAGCA